AUGAGCCUCAUGGCCGAUGCGCGGGCUCCCCGUGUGCCCGGCGCCCAGGGCGCGCUCUCCAACUUUCCCGACCUCCCGCACACACGCGCGCGCGCGCACACGAGGCCGCGGCACCCAGGUCCCACGUGCCCUCGAGGCCGGACCCGGACCCUACCCCGCCUCCUUCGCGGGCGCCGGCCGGCGGAGCACCCAUGCCCACCCGCGCCCUGCGCUCCGGACCCCGCGCCCGGCUCCGGACCCCGCGCCCGGCUCCGGACCCCGCGCCCGGCUCCGGACCCCGCGCCCGGCUCCGGAGCCCGGCGGGCCCGCUCUCACCUCGGCCUUUGUCCUGCCGCCGACGCAGCCCCGCUCCCUGCGACCGCCGCCGUCGGAGGGCCAGCCCAGCCUCCCGGCCGCCGUCCCACCCACAGCUCCCGGGCUCCGGCCGGGCCGGGGGCGCUCGGCAAAGCCCGGAUCGGCGGAGCGCGGCCGGCGCCGGGGACGCGACCCCUGACCCCGGCCGCGCCCCCUGCAGUCCACUUCUCCGGGUCUUCGGGCCGACCGCGCGGAAGGGACUCGCGGUGGGCUCGGCCGCCCCGGGACCCGACUGGGGAAGGGUCGCGGCGAGGGCGGUGUCCCGCGAGGGGAGGGGGCGAGGCGGCCGGAGCGAAGUCCCGCGGCCUUCCCGCCGGGGUUCUCGCCCCGGUGGCACCCCGGUCCUCUCGUCUCCCCGACCCGGUGCCCGGGUCCCCUCACCCAAGCCGGGCCGGAGCUGAGCCCUGCGGAGGGUCCAAGUUGGCCGGGCGCCCAGCAGGACCGCGCCCCCCGCGCGCGUCUCCAGGAAAUUCCCACUCGAAGCUCCCAGCCACGGUGCGCCGCCUGCGCCCAGGAAAUGUCGCCUUCUUCUCGGUUCUCCCCGAAGGAUUCCACCCGCACCCCCCGGCAGCGGCCCGCGAGCCCCCUACCCUGACGUACCCCUCCUCCCCUGCACUCCGUGGGACCAAGUCCUGGAGCCUCUCCAGCCACAGCGGAGUCCGCGGGGCGGGGAGUCUGCAAAGAAGUGGGAAGAACCUUCGGAGAACAGAGGAGACAAGGCAAAUCUGUGGGGCAGCGAGAGAGGAGCCCAGACCUCCCAGUGACUCCACGCCCAGGACCCCGGGACCCCCCCCCCCCGCGCCCGGCCGCCAGGCUGAGCCCUGCAGUAGUCGCUGUCGCCCGGACGCCCCGCGGGACCCGCCCCUCCCCCCGCCUCCCGUCACCCGCAGCGCCGCGGACCCGCUCAAACAGCGGGGACUGGAAGACCCCGGUCCCCGACAGACCUAGUGGGCAAGCGGCGACGAGGGGGCCGGCCUGGGGCCCGCAGAGAAGAGGAAGAUUCUGGAACUCCAGGCUCCGGCGGGUGGGACCGGUCACCUCUGCCCUGACCCCCGUGUCCGGUCGGAAGAAGGAGUGAAUGAAGUAAGGACUAAAAGAGCGAACCUCAAAGAAGACUUUGCAGACCUCACCGGCGCGUGAUGCAGCAGUAGCCAGAGCAGUGAGCACGGGGCAGGAGAAGGAGAACUGGAGAUGUGCUCCUGAAGCCAAAGCCGUCACCCCCGUGAUUUCAGGAACCUGCAAGUGGCAGAACCUGCUCUGUGCCCUCCUCGCUGCCCCUCACCUGCACGCCCUGCCGGUGAGGUCUUGGGCCUAAGAGUCACUGUCCUCUGGGACUGGGGAGUGACAGUUCAGGGACCAGGUGAGGAAACAGCUCCAGUAAAUGCCGGCUCUCCCUGCGUCCAAAGUAGGAGAACUGCCUGGAAGAAUCCUGGCAGAUCUGUGCUAGGAAGACAGCACCAUCAUUUUCCUUCUUAUUAUGAAAGAUUUCAAAUGCGCACUAGAGAGAUAACAUCACGAACCCUCCCUGUGUGCCCAGGAACCAGCCAGUCCUAGUAUCUUGCCAUACUUGCUUCAAAUGUUCAUGUUAAAAAGAAAUAUCACAGUGCAGUCAAAGCCCCUGGACAGCCCUCCCAGAUCCCAGUUCUUCCCUCCCCAACCCCCCAGUACUCGUCUAAAACAUCCCAACCAUGUUUUUGUACUAUUACUGCUAUGCAUGCAUUUAUGAAUUCUGUAGAGUGUUUUUACUAGUUCUGCAACUUUCUGUGUGUUAGAUUCUGUUUUGUUCUGUAACCAGGAGGGUUGGCUUUAUAUUGUUUGUAAGAGCCCCCUAGUCCUACACAAAGCCCUACUUUAUUCAUUUUUUAAAUUAGUUUCAGAGGUAGAGGUCAGUGAUUCAUCACUCUUUUAUAAUACCCAGUGCUGGUUACAUCAGGUGCUGUCCUUCAUGUCUAUCAUCCAGAUACCCCAUCCCCCCCCCACUACUUUAUGCAUUUUAACCACUCAGUGGCAUUUUAGGGGCACCUGGGUGGCU